AACAAACUCCACCUCAACCAUACACAAGAGCCAACCAAACACGGUAUCAUACACACAACUCGGUUGCAAGACUACCACAAAUCCCCCGUGAAUUGAGCACGUUCACACGAAGAUUCACGUAGUUUUGUUUUUGCUCUCGCUUCCGAUUUCGUUCAGUUGGCAAAAGCUCAAGAACAUUUCCUCGUCCCACCCCAUAAUAAGGGAAAAUCCUUUGCAAAGCUCGCGCGUAACGAUGCACGUCUAGAGAAGCAACAAAUACUCGCACAAAGAAGAAAAAGUUGCAAAUUGUGCACAUAUUUGCCUGAUAACAAACACACAACCCUCCCUCUCUUACCCUCUCGAACAUCACCACUAGCAGAGCACUACAGCCACCACCACCACAACUACUUUUCACAAAGCCACGCAAAUAACACCACACCAAGCAAAGCUCUCCUUCUCGAUAUAGUGCAGAGGAAAAUCCACCGAAAAGUUCAUUGGAGCUAGAGCAUCGCCCGAAAGCAUCACCAACACCACCAUCACCAGUUCAAUCCGCGGCUAAGUCGCUUGCGUCGGGGCCAGCUCAAGUUCGGGCGGCGAUAUGGCGUCGCCAUCUCGUGACUGCUCGUCGAAGCAGCGUCCGUCGUACAUUGGGGGCGCCACGAGCACCAGCAGCAGCUUCGGUAGCAAUACGCAGACGCCUCACACCUCGACCUCAUCGCUUGCCUCCUCGUCGGCGGGGGUUUCGCCCUUUCAGCCCCAGCAGCUGGGGUCCCAUCACGCUCAUCACUACCAUGCGGGGCCGGCCAGUGCUGCCAGCGCCAAUUCGCUCGAGUCGGCUUUUUCCUUUGCCGGGGUCGGUGGCAGUCCGACCAAGUUGUCACUGUUCGGUGGGAGCUCGAAAAUGUCCACCACCGGAAGUCCGCCGACGCUGCCCACCGGACCGGGCCCGAGCCGGCAACGUUCGCUGCGGGACCGGCUGCGCGAGGGCAUUACCGGAAGUUUGACCUGGCAGUAA